GUAGUAUUCCAGGCAGAGGGAAUGAUGAGUGCAAAAAAGAGAGAAAGGCAAGGCCAUAUUAAGUAAACCUUUUUCAUGCAAAGAAUGCUUGGGAGUCAUGUGAGAUGUUUAGAGUAGUAUUAUGAAGCAGGAUUGUGGAGGGCCUUGAAGACCAGGGGGAUCUCUUCCCCCUAGUGUUUAUCUUGUAGGUGAACAGCAAAGUCUCGGAUGAAGGAAACUAACAAAAAAAUUAUAAGGAUAUAAUUCGGAUAUUUGCUUUAAUUGGGCAUUUACCCUCAGAAACACCCAGUUCUUCCUGGAUUUUAAUAACCAUCACGUCCUAACAAAAAUGUAAAUUUAAAUCACAAUAUCAGCUCUCGGGGAGAAGGAGGUAUAUGGGCGAGUGCGCUGUUUUCUAAAAUUCACAAAGCUGACGAUAAGUAUGAAGAUCUAAUAGAAAGGUGAAGAGGAGAGUGGAGAACCGAAAAGCAACGCCAGAACUUUUAAGUCGCACUGUCCUCAAGAACCCUAAAUUCUCAGAGCUUCAGCCAGCGGUUCACUUUAUAUCAGAAAUCGAAAGCCUUUCGGAGCCUGCCGAAGAAAUAUGCCUUUUCUCGGCUGCCGUCUCCCGGUGUCUUCUCUUAGCCAAUCAGGAUGCCGGGCAGGUGGGCGAGAAGGCCGGAAGAGGCGGGUUUAGGGAUUGGGCGCGCGGUAGAGUUACGGCCUCUCAGUCAUGGAAGAGAUCUUUGCCAAAUUUGUGUCCCAGAAGAUCAGCAAAACUCGCUGGCGACCCGUGCCCUUCGGGAGUUUGCAGCCCCCCGAGACCUUCGCCACCGGCUCAUGGGACAAUGAGGAAAACAGUGUUUCGCUCUGGUGUAUUGGAGAUUUUGGUAAUUUAAGCACUGAUGGAGGACUUGAAGGAGACCAUCAGUUAUUGUGUGACAUCAAACAUCAUGGUGAUGUAAUGGACUUGCAGUUUUUGGACCAGGAAAGAAUUGUAGCUGCUUCAUCAACAGGAUGUGUAACAGUUUUCCUUCACCAUCCAAAUAAUCAGACUCUUUCAGUCAGCCAGGAAUGGAUAGGAGCCCACUACCACAUUGGCCCAUGCAGUCCUUCCUACAGGAGCGCACCAUGUACUGGUAUUGUAUGCAACAGUCCAGAGAUUGUUACUGUUGGAGAAGACGGCAGAAUCAAUCUCUUCAGAGUUGGUUACAAGGAAGCUGUACGGACUAUAGAUAAUGCAGACAGCAGUACACUCCAUGCAGUGGCCUUCCUUCGAACUCCUGAGAUUCUCACAGUAAAUUCAAUUGGACAGUUAAAGAUAUGGGAUUUCAGACAGCAAGGAAAUGAACCCUCUCAGAUACUGUCACUAACUGGAGACAGAGUUCCACUCCACUGUGUUGAUAGACAUCCCAACCAGCAACAUGUUGUAGCUACUGGAGGUCAGGAUGGAAUGUUGAGUAUUUGGGAUGUUAGGCAAGGUAGCAUGCCAGUUUCUCUGCUGAAAGCUCAUGAAGCUGAAAUGUGGGAAGUUCACUUCCAUCCAUCCAACCCAGAUCACCUGUUUACUUGCUCUGAAGAUGGAUCCCUUUGGCAUUGGGAUGCCUCCACAGAUGUUCCUGAAAAAUCAUCACUUUUUCACCAAGGUGGAAGAAAUAGCACAUUAUUAGCUCAUCCUUCAAGUAACCAGCUUAAUGUUAACCAUUCCCUUAUAAGUUCCUGGCUCAGCACUGAUCCUGCAAAAGAUCGUAUUGAGAUCACUAGCUUAUUGCCAAAUAGGACACUAUCUGUCAACAGUUUGGAUGUUUUAGGAUCUUGUCUUCUUUGUGGAACUGAUGCAGAAGCUAUUUAUGUUACUAGACAACUUUUCUCAUGAAUAUUAAGUCUCAGUUCAGAGUUUGAUUUGUCUCUAUUUUAAUAGUAUUGACCUUUUGAAUCCCAAUUUUUAAGUAAAGUUUUCAAUGGGAACCAUCAUUUUUCAUGUGGAACCAUUAGUAAAUGAACCGUUUUUAGUUUUGACAGUUGGGUAUAUCUGUUAUCAGACUUGAUGUCUGAUGAUAGAAAAACACAAACAUUCAAGAGUUUCAAAGACAUCUUUUGGCUGCUGUUACAUACUUUAAAAAUGUUUUUUAACUUCUAAAAUUUAGUUCCAAUAAUCUUCUCAUUACAUUAUGGUAAUGUUUAAGAAGCAAUUAUGAGCAAAGAUAAGCUGAUUUUCUAGGAUUUAGUAUGUUAAGAUUUUUCUAUUUAAGAAUAGUGGUAGUUAUGAGAUAGGGCAAAAGUUAUCCCUAGAUGUGUUGUCUUUUCCCUUAUCAACCAAAAGGACUUCAUCUCCUUUAUUGUUCAUGUGUAUAGAACAAAUAUAUGGAAGGGCAGUAUUCUAGGCCCUGAAGCAAACAUAUAAUUCCGGUAAUAUAGGAAUUCUUCUUUACAGCAUUGGUGAGCAGUCUUGUCAGUUUCAUAUUUCUUUAGGAGACGCUGCUCCUAAAAAAUAUGGCCUCUUCUUUUUUUCUCUUAUUCAUCCAUGACCAUUUAUUUCCAUCUAUUCAGCAUUGGUUCCCCUAUAUUAAAAUGUGUCUGCUUUCUGAGUAGAAAAGAAUGUUAGUUGGGACUAAUGAAAAAAGUAUUACCUUCAAAGUCUUAAGAAUCUGGAAUGACAAUAUUAUUUUUAAAAGGUGAGGAAAACAAUCUAGUUCUUAAUGUUUUUGAACUAAACAUCAUGAAUUUAAGCCAAAAUUUAUAAUUUUUUGUUACCAAGAAAUUUAAUUUAAACUUAUAAGAUUUGGUUUUUUAAAAUCCUGACUUGAUUUUGUGCAAAUGCAUUUAAUGCAUUUAGGAGGUAAGCUAAAUGACUUUCUGUCAUUGUCAGUGUCACACACAUAUAUAAAAGCAGUUAAUUUGGUCACAUGGUAGGUUGUCUAAUUAGGAUAUUAAUUUUGAAGUGGUGACUUAAUAUGAAGCAUCAUAGGGCACUAAUGAAAAUUUAUGUCAAAUUUUAUUAAUUCAAAACAGUUUUCAUUAAACUAUUGAAAUUUUAAGUCACAGCAAUGUUGACAGAACUAUAUAUUUGCCUUGGGGUUUCAUGAAAAGUAAUGUUUUUAUUUAGCUUUUCUAUUCAAAUAAAUAUUUUCACCAGUUUUAUUGUUGCUCCAGUAUUGCUUUGUUUCUAAUUUAUUUUUGUAAUAAAACUUUAAAGUUGAAUAUAUAUCAACUUUUUUCUGUGAAACAUAAUCACAUUUAAUUAAAGACAUAUGCCCAGUAAUUCCAGUUAAGGAGAGAAAUCAGAUCAGAAUAUUAGCUAAUACUUAACUGAACAAGAGAAGAAGAAUUCAGUGUAUUAAUUGUUGUUCUCUUUUCAAUUAUUGAAGCUAAUUAUUUGACCUAAGACAGUCUUCAUUAUGAAACAUUAGUGGCUCUCAGUAAUAAAUAUAUUUGAAAGCCUGAAA